AUGCUGCAACGCGCGGCGAGAGACACUAUCUCUGGUGAAACUAGCAAUGCUGACGUCUUACACGUAUCGCCAUCGCCUAACUGGACGACCGCAGCUCACCCGGUCUUUCAAACCAACGCCGGUGCCGGAUAUUGCAGAAUCCCACAAGCGCUCGCUCUGGAUCUUACCGUGCUCUAUUUCAGCCAUGCCUACAAUGCCAGCCUGCUACUCCACCAAGAAACAUUUUUGUCAGAAGUGAGGGCUGGUACGGCAAAUCAUCAUGUUCUGUUGAGCGCGUGUGCUUUUGCGUCAAAAUUCUACCGAGGACCUUCCAGCCAUCAUUCCUUGACAGACGCAGGAUUUGGCCGCGAGUGGGCACGUUCCGCAGAGUCUAUGGUUACCAUGGAGCUGGGAGAGCCUCGAGAGGAGAACAUUGUCACCUAUAUCAAUCUUGCGCUCUACUGGUAUAGCGAGGGCGCGUGGCGCAAGAGCUUCAUAUACAAAUGGAAUGGAAUUCAAAUUGCAUAUGUCCUUGGCAUUCCAGCGGGGCGUCAAGAGCCCAACGCGAAGCCGCUGGAGGUGGAAGUGAGACGACGUCGCUUCUGGGCGUGUGCAUGUAUGAUGCUAUUUGGCUCCAAGCCCGAUUUUGCAAUGAACAACUUCUCCCAGGCCACUGCACGGCUCCGGAAACCCUGCCCGGAGAGUCAGUUCGAGGCUAUGAGUAAGACAAAUGCAAGUAUGUCAAGAAGUAGUGAGCCCAGUAUCUAUGCGGUGCUCAUCGAUAUUUUGAUGAUCUGGAAUGACAUCUACUAUUCGGUAAAGAAUGGCAACAAUCAACUCGACAACCUUCAGAGCCUGCACUCAAGAGUUGAAGCCUGGAACAGCUCGCUUCCCGGAGCGUGGAAGUUCACACCAGCUCUCCUUGAGUCCUCUUGGACUCAUGUGCAACCACUCUACAUCCUUCUCCACAUCUUGUAUCAUCAAAGCCUCGCUACGCUGCACGCAUCCAUUGUCCCUCUCUUCUCGUGGGGCCACUCUGAAGCGGGACUAAAUUACGCUCGACGAAGUUCGGCCCAGGAAGCCUUUGAGCGAGCUUGCUCCGUCUCUGCUUGUCUGAAAGCCAUUCUCCAGUCUUCCUUGAGUCCGGAUCGCAUUCCCAGUUUCAUCGGAUAUGCAGCUUACGCGUCCUGCGCGGUCCAGAUCCCGUUUCGGUGGUGUACGGAUCCAGAGGUGCGGGCACGCGUAUCGACCAACCUUGUGGCGAACCUCAAGAUCAUGCAACAAAUGGGGCUUUACUGGCGAUUUAUUUCUCUUCUGUGCACCAAUGUCAUGGCCCUCUACUCGACCGUCGAGAAAGAUCGGCCUGAGCUGCAUGGCGAGCCGAAGGUCUUGACUCCCGAUCAGCUGUGUAAUCAUCGAUGCGUUCAUGGCCGUGCACAUACCUCGAUCCUUAGUCACAACGAGAUCGUGUGGAACCGAGGAUCGAUGGCCGAGCGCGACGCCGAAAUUGUUGAUCUUGGACUACAGGCAAGUGAAAGCCAGCAGGGUGCGAUAAAUGAAGGUGAGUCACCUUCGAGGUGUACGUAA